CGCGCCUCGGCUCCCGGGCGCCUCGCUUUCUCCUGGGCUCCGGAUGCGCCCUGCCCGGCGGGGACCCGCGGGAGCCAUGCCGGUGGAUGUGGUUUUAGUUUCGUGGUUCUGUGUGUGCACCGCCAGGACAGUGUUGGGCUUUGGGACGGAUCCUGACCUUCAGAUGGACAUUAUCACUGAGCUUGACCUGGUCAACACCACUCUCGGAGUCACCCAGGUGGCUGGGCUACAUAACACCAGCAAAGCAUUUUUGUUUCAAGCCUCCCGUUCCUGUCCCCCUGACCCUUCCCCCCCUAAUGUCUGGCCCUCCAGUUGCCUGUCAGCUAUGCCUGCCACUCAGGAUGUUCCAGAUAUGGAGAGAGAGAUUCAUGCAGCCCCCCAUGUGAGUGAGAAGUUAAUCCAGUUGUUCCGGAAUAAGAGUGAAUUCACCUUUCUGGCCACUGUACAGCAGAAGCCGUCGACUUCGGGUGUCAUACUCUCCAUCCGGGAACUGGAACAUAGCUACUUUGAGCUAGAGAGCAGCGGCCUGAGGGACGAGAUUCGCUACCACUACAGCCAUGGCGGGAAGCCCAGGACGGAGGCCCUUCCCUAUCGAAUGGCAGAUGGGCAGUGGCACAGGGUCGCGCUGUCCGUUAGUGCCUCCCAGCUCCUGCUUCACGUCGACUGCAACCGGAUUUAUGAGCGCGUGAUCGACCCUCCGGAGACCAACCUUCCUCCAGGAAGCAGUUUAUGGCUUGGUCAGCGAAACCAAAAGCAUGGCUUAUUCAAAGGCAUCAUCCAAGAUGGGAAAAUUAUCUUCAUGCCAAAUGGUUACAUAACGCAGUGCCCCAACCUAAAUCGCACCUGUCCAACCUGCAGCGACUUCUUAAGCCUGGUCCAAGGAAUAAUGGAUUUACAGGAGCUUUUGGCCAAGAUGACGGCAAAGCUAAAUUAUGCAGAGACAAGACUGAGUCAGUUGGAAAACUGCCACUGUGAGAAGACCUGCCAAGUGAGUGGCCUGCUCUAUCGGGACCAAGACUCCUGGGUGGAUGGCGACCAGUGCAGGAACUGCACAUGCAGAAGUGGCUCCGUGGAGUGCCGAAGGAUGUCCUGUCCCCCGCUCAGCUGUCCCGCAGACGCCCUGCCUGUGCACAUCGCGGGCCAGUGUUGUAAGGUCUGCCGACCAAAAUGCAUCUAUGGAGGAAAAGUUCUUGCAGAAGGCCAGCGGAUUUUAACCAAGAGCUGCCGGGAGUGCCGAGGUGGAGUUCUGGUAAAAAUUACAGAUGCGUGUCCUCCUUUGAACUGCUCUGACAAGGACCACAUCCUCCCGGAGAAUCAGUGUUGCAGUGUGUGCCGAGGUCAUAACUUCUGUGCAGAAGCACCGAAAUGUGGAGAAAACUCAGAGUGCAAAAACUGGAAUACAAAAGCUACUUGCGAGUGCAAGAAUGGCUACAUCUCUGUGCAGGGAGACUCCGCCUACUGUGAAGAUAUUGAUGAAUGUGCUGCUAAGAUGCAUUACUGUCAUGCCAAUACCGCGUGUGUCAACCUGCCAGGGUCAUACCGCUGUGACUGUGCCCCAGGAUACAUCCGCGUGGAUGACUUUUCUUGUACAGAGCAUGAUGACUGCGGCAGCGGGCAGCAUAACUGUGACAAGAACGCCAUCUGCACCAACACUGUGCAGGGACACAGCUGCACCUGCCAGCCCGGCUACGUAGGGAACGGGACCAUCUGCCGAGCAUUCUGUGAAGCGGGCUGCAGGUAUGGUGGGACGUGCGUGGCCCCUAACCACUGUGUGUGUCCCUCUGGGUUCACAGGAAGCCACUGCGAGAAAGAUAUUGACGAGUGUGCAGAGGGAGUCAUUGAGUGCCACAACCAUUCCCGCUGUGUUAACCUGCCUGGGUGGUACCACUGUGAGUGCAGAAGCGGUUUCCAUGACGAUGGGACCUACUCUCUGUCCGGGGAGUCCUGUGUUGACAUCGAUGAGUGUGCCUUAAGGACUCAUACCUGUUGGGAUGAUUCUGCCUGCGUCAACUUGCCAGGGGGUUUUGACUGUCUCUGCCCUUCCGGGCCCUCCUGCUCAGGUGACUGCCCCCACGAAGGAGGACUGAAGCGCAACGGGCAGGUGUGGAUCCUGAAAGAAGACAGGUGCUCUGUCUGUUCCUGCAAGGAUGGGAAGAUUUUCUGCCGACGGACAGCUUGCGAUUGCCAGAAUCCAAAUGUUGACCUUUUCUGCUGCCCAGAGUGUGACACCAGGGUCACAAGCCAGUGCUCAGAUCAAAGUGGACACAAGCUGUAUCGAAGUGGAGACAACUGGAUCCAUUCCUGCCAGCAGUGCAGGUGCCUGGAAGGAGAGGUAGAUUGCUGGCCUCUAGCUUGUCCCCAUUUGAACUGUGAAUACACAGCCAUCUUCGAAGGAGAGUGCUGUCCACGCUGUGUCAGUGACCCCUGCCUGGCCGAUAAUAUUGCUGAAGACAUCAGGAAAACUUGCCUGGACAGCUCUGGUAUUUUGAGGCUCAGCGGUGCAGUGUGGACAAUGGCUGGCUCCCCUUGUACAACCUGUAAAUGCAAGAAUGGGAGAGUCUGCUGCUCAGUGGACUUGGAAUGUCUUCAGAAUAACUGAAUUAUGUAAGAUGGACUCAUCGCAGGAGAGACAUGGACAGAAUGACCAUGAAACAUGAGAAGGAAUAGGAGCUGAUAAUUUUUUUUAACCACAGUCAAUUACCAAAGUCUCCAUCUGAGGAGGGUGUUUGGGGUUGCCUUUCGGAUAAACCACUUUGCUCAUUCCUGCUGACCUAGUCUAGGUGACCUGCAGUGCCGUGCAUUUAAGUCUCUGGUGUUAAGUGUUUUGUGCUGUAAAUCACAUUUCCCUUCUCAGAUCAUUUGCAAAUACAUUUAAAUAACCAUGAUAAAUGUUAAUGUAUUUUUGGUUUAUUUUGUGUACUAACAUAAUAGAGACUUGACACCAUUUAUUUAUUUAUUUUUCUUGAUAUUUGGAUCAAAUUCUAAAAAAUAAAGUUGCCUGUUGUGA